GGGGCAAACGCUCUUUUGCCACCUGCAUAUUUAAUUGACUGGAGCUGGAUUUGCUUGUACGUGUGUCUCCCCGCCAGCAGUGGGCGCUGUGGGGCAGUGAAACAGACCCGGGAGAGCUUCUGUGGUGCCCGGAAGAAGGACUGUCAGCAUGGCGGAUGUAUUUUUUUCCACUUCAUGUUUUGCUUUUCAGUAUUUUGGGGCGGCAGCUCAGCAUUAACUCCCACCAGUUUAAACCGCAGGCCUUCACCGAGUUGUGUCUUCAGAUGCUAGCGGAUGUUUCCCCCGAUGAGCGAGUGUGCACGGAGCCGGAGCCGCCGCUGUUAGCCCUGUUUGUUUGUCUGUCUCGCCGCACACGUCGUGACUUGUGACCCCGUUUGGUUGGUUUCCUCGACUGACCAAAGUGGGAUGAAACAUCAGAAGCCUGCACACAGACAAAAAAGAGAUUUAACCUUAAAUCAGUGACUCUUGUGUCAAAGAAGAAAUAAAAUUAGCCUCAGUGGGGACAAAACACACACACAAAAACUAACAAUGGGUGAAGUGACUGUGGAAGUAGACGAGGAGGUGACAAAACAGGACUUGUCAUUGGAGCCACUUCCAGAGCCACUACUGAUAAUCCUUUCACCACCUCCACCUUUCUUACCUGUCCCUGGUGAACCGACCAUGGUUUGGCAUAAGUGGCUUAAAGCUUUUGAACACUACGUCGAAGCUCUCGGUGAAAACGAACUCACCGACAGCAGUAAGAGUGUGCUGCUGCGGAACUGCCUUGGCCUCGAGGGCCAGCGUAUCUUCAAAACACUCAUGCAGAGCGAAACCACGUACGCAGCAGCCAUCUCAGUGCUGGCACUUUACUUCAGCUCUGAUCACUGCUCACAGAGGUACCGCCUUAAAUUUCAUCAGAGGGCUCAGAUGCCUGGAGAGACUGUAGAUCAGUUUCUGUCUGCGUUAGAACAACUUCUGAGGCCUUGCAACUAUGGAGACUUACAAGACAAACUUAUCCUGGAUCAGCUGAUUGAGAAAACAAACAACCCACAACUCAAAGAGAGGCUGCUGCUGGAAAGAGGAAGUCUGACCUUGGACAAGGCGUUGCUCAUCAGUAAAGAGGUUGAAUCAGCUUUAAAUGACUCUGAACUGUUUGGUGUUCAUGAAGUCAGUGUGGACAUUGGAGACGAUUUAGACCCACCUGUUCAAAGGAAGGCCAAAAGAGGACGGCCUCGGCGCGGGGAGAGAAGACCGAAUAACAAAACAAACCCACACUCAACUAAAACCCUGACAAGAUCAUCUAGAUACAAAGAUGAUUACUAUUACAUCAAUGAUAAGUUAUAUUAUAGUGGUAAUAAUGAAGAUAAAUAUAAGAAUGUUGACAAGUCUGAAAUUCCUCAUCAUAAAUCCUGCAUUAAAGAAGAUGAUGACAAUGGAGCCUUGUCAUUAGAGGGCCCAGAGGAAGGCUGCGACAAAGCUAGUGAUGGUGCUGAUGAUGCUGAUGAUGAUGAAGAUGAAGAAUUUGUCGUUUCUUCAAAUAAACUAAAAGGUCCUAACUGUCCCUUCUGUAUUGAUCGACGCUUCAGAGAUGCAAACAAGCUUGCCAGACACAUGAGGACACACACAAAGGAGAAACCGUUUAUCUGCCCCAUCUGCGCCAUAACCUUCAGUCAGUCCUAUCACAUGACCCGACACAUGAAGAACCAGCACGGUGCAGGCCCUCACGUCUGCUCGUCUUGUGGGGAAAGUUUGGGAAGCUUUGCAGAGCUGCAGAGUCACAAGAGGACGCACACAUCACAGGUACUGUCGUGUCCCGACUGUCACGAACAAUUCAGUAAUAACGAAGUGUUUAUUAGUCAUAUCUUGUCACAUGGCAAAGACCAGUUUACCCAAACAGAGGAACAGAGGUCCCAGCCAAGUGAUGACUUGAAAAACCAAGAAUCAGUCAACUCAUGUAUCAAGGAUAAUGAGGAGAGUGAUUAUUGCAAUGCUGCUGAGAAUGAUGCAGAUUCUGGUACUAGUGAUUCUCAGGAUAAAGGCUCUGAAGUUAGGGUUAAGACUGAAGUUAGGGGCGCCAGUGAAGCCAAAUCUGAGCAUGGACGUAGUCAGAAAGAAAAAGACACCUCUGUGACUAAAACGAGAGGACAUUUCUGCCCCAUUUGUGUUGGCAGGCGUUUCAGGGGGCCAAACAAACUCGCCAGACACAUGAGGACUCACACAAAGGAGAAACCGUUCACCUGUCCGGUCUGCGCUAUGACUUUCAGCCAGUCCUACCACAUGACUCGACACCUGAGGAACCAGCACGACUUAGGUCAAUACAUCUGCUCUAAAUGUGGGGAAAGUUCCAGCAGCUGGCUGGAACUGAGAGCACACAAAAAGACUCAUGCUGUUGAAGGCCUGACGUGUCUUGCAUGUGACAAACAGUUCAAGGAAAAGGCUGCACUUGCCAGUCAUCUCAAAGUACACGAGAAGGUCCAGUCCAGCAGCCCUAGAAGCCUCAUUUGCGGCGAUUGCGGCAAAGUAUUUGGUCGAAUGUAUCAUCUGAAAAGACACAUAAUGACCCAUCGCAAAGGAUCAAACAACGAGUGUUACACGUGUCCUGAUUGUCAGAAGAGUUUUGCCUUCCCAGAGGACCUCAACAAGCACUUGGAGAUUCAUGUGAAAGAAAACAAUGGGACUUGUCCGAAAUGUAACGAAACCUUCGGUAGUCCAGAAGAACUGGAGACACACAUGAAGGUUCAUGAAAAGUGUUACGCCUGCAGCACCUGUGGGAAGAAGUUUAAGGUCGAGUAUGCGCUGAAGAAGCAUGAGCAAGGCCACCAAGAUGAACAGUAUUAUUGUUCGUUGUGCCGCAAACGCUUCAUCAAGCUGUCUCACUACAAGAGGCACAUUAUGGUCCACGAUAGACGGGAAUCUAGAUGUCCCCACUGUGACAGCGUCUUUCUAAAGCUGACAGCUCUAAAGUAUCACCUGCGGACUCAUACAGAAGAAAGACCAUACCAGUGCACCUGUUGUAUCGAGACCUUUGAGGAGAAGGAAGAUCUGGAGCAACACUGCCUCAAGCACAGGAAGUUCAAGAGGGAAAGGCCAUACUCGUGCACUCGGUGUGAUUACGCUUUCUCUACGCUCAUUGAGCUGACGGAACAUAUGAGCUCACACGAGGGAGAGCAGCCAUCAAACUGCCCCGUCUGCGGUAGGACUUUUCUGAAUAAGAACAAGCUGGAGAAACACCUGAGCAUCCACACGGGGGAGAGGCCUCACCUCUGCUCCAUCUGCGGCAACGGCUUCCCCUCGGCUGCAAGCCUCAAGUUACACGUUCACAUCCACACCGGAGAGAAACCCUUCCAGUGUACGCAGUGCAGCAAGAGCUUCAGGUCGUCCAGCGGGCUGCGGCUGCACAGUAGACAGCACAUGGAGGUGCGUCCCAGCUACGAGUGCCCCGAGUGCGGCAGGACUUACGGCCGCAUGACGGAGUUGAAGAUGCACCAGCGCUAUCACACGGGGGAUAAACCGUACGCCUGCACCUGCUGCAGCAAACGCUUUAUUAGCAAAGACAAACUGAACGUUCACAUGAGGAUUCACACAGGGGAGAGGCCGUACUCCUGCCCCCACUGUGGGCAGACAUUUACACAGACUGGGGACAGAAACAGACACAUCAGUAAAUUUCACUAAUUAAUUGUGAACCUUCGGUUGUUGCUUUUGAAUGAUUGUGCCAGUGGCUUUGCAUGUUUAGGUAGCAUUAAGAAUCGAUAAAAUUAAAAUAAAACUCAAAACAUCAGUACAAAGUAAGGCCUUAAAAUGAUGAAUACACCACCGUUCCAUCGCCACCUUUCUUACACAGUAUCAGAAAAUAUUAUGCCUUACAAAGUUUUUCAAGGACUCCUUGUUGCUAGGGCCAGGCUUCAUUUAUUAACCAGUACAUAAAACACAGUUUUCAGUACCUUACUUUAUGGGAUAUUGAUGUCGGUUUCUACAAAAUCUUUUAAAAAUCUGUUUAACCAGCCCAAGUUCUCAAAUGAUAAAUGUUUAAACACAAGCAGUCUAGUUAGGACUUUGCAAAAGUGGAAUACUGCUAAAAUUGACAAAUUGUCAAAAAGUAAAGUUGAGUAAGAAUCUGCUCAGGCUUUCUGUACUUGAUGCUACAGAUAGAUUUUGUUCUGUACCAAAUUGCUUUUGGUAAAUUGCCCUUGCAAACCGUAUGUAAUCCAUAAUAAAUGUACCUGAUCCCGAAUAAAGAGUUUUCUUGGUCUUGAGAAACUGAAGCAAUGUGCAACUGCACACUCACUGCGCAUGCAAACAUUGUUUUUUUUCUUUUCUCUGCAAUAUUUUGGCUAUUUAUUACAAUCUGAUGACCUUUAAGAAAAGGCUGCAGGCAGCAAGACUAAAGACUGCUGAAAAUGCAGGAGAUUUGGGAAACCUUGUGUCAGAGCACAGACGACUCUGGAUGUCUGUCUUUUAACUCGUGUCGGAUCAGUGUGCUUCAUACCUCAACAAAGGGUUACAAAGAAAACAGGAUGGAAUCAGGUGCUUAUGAUCAUUUAAAGGCAAAUAUAACCAUUCUAAUGUCAACUAAACUGACCUGAACUGAACCGGCCUGCCUGGUGGAAACAAGGCUAAAGUACAGGGGGGGGUUUACUAGUUUGUACUGUGAUUUUUGUGGUGUUCUGCUUUUUGCAGUAAUUUAACGUUAAUAUUCGGAUUAUGCUUGCUUUUAAAGGCAGCCUGAUAUUUUCACAUCCAGCUGUUAAUCAGCAACCUUCUCAGUGCAGGAAGCUACCAAAUUCACAUUACAGUUUUCAGAAUUUUUUGUUUGCUGGGUUUGGAUUUGGGAAAACAAAGCUCAUGAAUGCUUUCAUUGCUGCACUUUUAUUCACCGGAGUUUGUCACAGUUUGUCACUGCUGUGCUGUUUUCUGCAAGCUUCACACCAGGACUUUCCUAAAUAUCACUUCAUACAAAAUCUCUGCAUGAGGGUGUAGUCCUUGUAGCUCAUCCCUCCCGUGUCUGACGUGCCCAGCAUCAUACUGCACUUCCUAUUUCAAGCAACCCUAUCUUACCAACAAAUUCUCUGGAGUGACCAACGUGGAACUGGUUCUUGUAUGAUCCACAGUUUGAUUUGUAGAUUGGUGAAAAUCUAAAUAUAAUGUUGGUCACUCAAAUGACAGUAGAAGUUUUCAGAGAUGUAUGUAUUUCUGUUGUCCCCACUACAGAAUGCUUUGUGUUUGCCUUGUUUCACUUAAUGAAAAGUUUCUGUUUAGGUUUUCACUGUAACCAAGCAUUUUGUAACUGUGUUUAGAAAACUGCCAUAAAAAUAAAACCAAUCAUUCACUCUGCUGGCACGUGUAAGGAGAUUUAUGAAUCUCCAGCCAAGUGAGGAUCACUGAGGUGUAAACAGAAUUGAUUGAACAAAUGUGUCUCCAUGCAGACCCCAUGAUGAUGUCUGUUAGUGUCUUUAUCAGCGUUAGUAACUCACCUGCUUAAAGAAG